AAAUGCCCCCAACUCCCUCCACACAUUAGCCGUUACCUUAUCGUUCAACUCUCUUUUGUUUCCCUCAAAUACACUAAAAUAAUAAUACCCUCCAUUCUUUAUUAAUUAAUCAUCAUCUUCAUCAUGGCUACCAAAUUAUUAUCCUUCACAUUAACAUCUCCACGUCCAUUCACUGCCUCUCCAGCAUUCUCUUCCUUAUCAUCAUCCACUUCUGCUUCUACACUCCAUCAUCCUAUUCAGUUCAACGCCGCCCGCCACUCUUGCCUUCGCCGCCGCCUAUUCCAGUUUCCCCCCAAAGCCACCUCCGAUCAACAGGAAGAUGCUGUUGUUGACAGUAAAAUCUUACAGUAUUGUAGCAUAGACCAAAAAGAAAAGAAAUCAAUCGGUGAACUUGAACAAGAAUUUCUUCAAGCACUUCAAGCAUUCUACUAUGAGGGAAAGGCUACUAUGUCGAAUGAAGAAUUCGAUAAUCUCAAAGAAGAACUCAUGUGGGAAGGAAGCAGUGUUGUAAUGCUAAGUUCUUCUGAGCAGAAAUUUCUGGAAGCAUCUAUUGCUUAUGUGUCUGGAAAUCCAAUCUUGACUGAUAAAGAGUUUGAUGAAUUAAAACUCAAGCUAAAGAUGGAAGGGAGUGAAAUUGUGGCCGAAGGUCCUCGGUGCAGUCUCCGUAGUAAAAAGGUUUAUAGUGACCUUACUGUUGAUUAUUUCAAGGCAUUGUUACUGAAAGUUCCAGCAACUGUGCUUGCAUUAGGAUUGUUCUUCUUUCUUGAUGAUGUAACUGGAUUUGAGAUCAACUAUCUGAUAGCGAUUCCAGAGCCUUUCAGUUUCAUCUUGACUUGGUUUGCUGCAGUUCCUUUCAUUCUGUGGUUAGCACAGUCAAUUACAAAUGCAAUCAUAAAAGAUUUCUUGAUUUUGAAGGGUCCAUGUCCUAAUUGUGGUACUGAAAACACCUCAUUCUUUGGGACUAUAUUGUCAAUUUCAAGUGGUGAUUCAACCAACAAAGUCAAAUGUGAGAAUUGUGCGACUGUGAUGGUAUAUGAUUCAACUACAAGAUUGAUAACAUUGGCAGAAGGAAGCUAGGGUGAGUCAAGUCAAGAAAUUAUGAGAGUCUUCCUCUGGCUAAAGGCCAUGAACACCAUUGGUUUGAUAUGUAUGAUUAUGUGAUAUUUGUAUAGCAUACAAAGAAUUUUUCAUUGGGAGAGAUGGGUUAUGAGGAUCCUUAACUCCAAUUAUUGACUUUUUUAAUUAAUUAACAUAGUUGGUAUA